CACCCAAAAAACUCAUAACUAGCAAAUGGAGGAAUUCGAGCAGCAGGCAAUUACUGCUUCACUCCCAUCACUCCGGCUGUAUUACGAUAUUUUUCUAAGUUUUAGAGGAGAAGAUACUCGAAACAACAUCACAAACAACUUAUACAACGCCUUAUACUCAAAAGGCAUUCGAGUUUUUCGAGACUCCGAGGGGUUAACUCAGGGCGAUGAGAUCUCAACAGGUCUUAUAGAAGCAAUUAACGACUCUGCUGCUGUAAUUGCUAUAAUUUCUCCAAAUUAUGCUUCCUCGAGAUGGUGCCUCGAGGAAUUAGCAACGAUCUAUGAUCUGGGUAAACUCGUUUUGCCUCUGUUCUACGGAGUUAACCCGUCGGAUGUACGGAGGCAGCUAGGCCCAUUUCUCGAUGGAUUUAGGGAUUUGGAAAGGAAGUUUUCACCGGAAAAGAUGGUGAGAUGGAGAAACGCCAUGGAAAGAGUUGGAGGGGUCUCUGGUUGGGUUUACGAUAAUGGUGACGAGUCACAGUUGAUUCAGUUGGUGGUGCAAAGAGUUUUGAAUGAAUUAAGCAAUUCCCCAAUGGUUGUAGCUCCGUUUGUUGUUGGAAUUGAUUACAGUCUGAAAGAACUCAUAAGACAGUUGGAUGUCAAGUGCAACGGUGUCAAAAUCUUGGGGUUGCAUGGAAUAGGAGGAGUUGGUAAAACAACUCUUUCUAAGGCUCUUUACAAUAAACUUGCUUCUCAUUUUACACACAGGACUUUUAUCUUGAAUGUUAAGGAAAUAGCUACUCAACAAGGCAUUAUGUCCCUUCAGAAGAAAAUCAUACAGGGUCUUUUCCCUAGCAACGCGUUCUCCUUCUCCCCUGCUAAUGCCAAUGAGGGAAGAGAAAAGUUCAGGCGAAUGCUUCGAGAAAAGCGCAUCCUGCUGGUCUUAGAUGAUGUUGAUUAUGUAAAUGAUGGUGUAAAUAUACUAAAGGCACUAAUUGGGGAUAAAAAUUGGUUUUUUGAAGGAAGCAGGGUUGUCAUUAGUACUAGAAACAAAGGAGUUCUAAUAGAAAAUAUCGUUGACGAGACAUUUGAGGUGAGAGAAUUGGGUGAUACUGACUCACUAAAACUAUUCAGUUACUAUGCAUUUAGAAGACCAGACCCAUCCCCAACUUUUCUGAAUUUAUCCAAGCAAAUUGUCUCAAUUACUGGAAAGCUACCAUUGGCACUUGAAGUUUUUGGUUCUUUCUUGUUUGAUAAAAGAAGCGAGGAGGAAUGGGUAGAUGCUCUAGGAAAGCUAAAACACAUUCGCUCACCCCGUCUUCAAGACAUCUUGAAAAUAAGUUACGAUGGUCUUGAUGAUGAAGAGAAGUGUAUAUUCCUGGAUGUUGCAUGUUUAUUUCUUGAUCAACUAGAUAAGAAAGUCGAAAAUGUAAUUGAUGUGAUGGAAGGAUGUGGCUUUAGAGCCAGGAUUGCAUUUGACACAUUGACCACUAGAUCAUUGGUUAAGGUGAUUGAUGGUGGGGACUUGUGGAUGCAUGACCAGAUAAGAGAUAUGGGAAGACAGAUUGUUAGGGAAGAAGGCUUUUCCGAACCUGGAAAACGCAGCAGGCUGUGGGAUGUUGCUGAUGUUUUAAGUGUGCUACAAGGAAGGAAGGGAACACAGCACAUCCAAGGGAUCAUCCUGGAUCAGCAGCAGAGGUACUCAUCAAAGAUCAAAACCAUGAAAGCAAUUACUAGAGAGCAAUUUCAAGAAGUUCCCAGUUUCAGUUCUGCGUUAGCUUACAUUAAAGAGUUAUACAAAGGGCAAUUUCAAAAUGAUGCAAAAGAAACCAAUGAGUUAGUAUUGAAUACUGAAGUAUUUGAUGGAAUAGUUAAUUUGCGGCUACUCCAACUUGAUAAUGUGAAACUAGAGGGAAAUUUGGGGAAGUUACCUUCUUCACUAAAAUGGCUCCAGUGGAAAAGAUGCAAUCUUUCAAGUUAUUAUUCUAAUUAUUAUCCAAGUGAACUUGCCAUACUUGAUCUCUCAGAGAGCCAAAUAGAGAGGAUUGGAAGCCGGGAAUGGACCUGGAGUCGCAAAAAGGCGGCCAACAAGUUGAAAGUUAUGAAUAUCUCUGAUUGUCAUAAAAUAUCAGCUAUUCCUGAUUUAUCAAAGCAUAAAAUGUUGGAAAAGUUGAUAGCUGAGCGUUGUAGCAACUUACAAAGGAUUCACAAAACAGUUGGGAAUCUGAAAACUUUACGUCAUCUAAAUCUAAAAGAUUGCAGCAACCUUGUUGAAUUUCCAAGUGAGGUCUCUGGGAUGAAAAAUCUUGAAAAGCUGAUACUCUCAGGUUGCGCAAAAUUGAAACAGCUACCUGAAGAUAUUGGCAAGAUGAAGUCUUUACAAGAACUUCUAUUAGAUGAGACUGCUAUAGAGAAGUUGCCUUCAAGUAUAUUUCGAUUAACAAAACUUGAAAGGUUAAGCUUAAACCACUGCUACUCAUUGAAACAACUUCCCGGGUUAGUAGGAAAUUUAAGUGCUUUGAAGGAACUCUCUCUUAAUGGUUCUGCUGUGGAAGAAAUACCUGAUUCUAUUAAAAAUUUGGAGAAGCUUCAUACACUAAACUUAAUUUGGUGUAAGUCACUUGCUGCUCUUCCCCAUUCUGUUGGCAACCUCAAAUCUUUAGCAAAUCUCUGGCUUUAUGGCAGUGCAAUAGAAAUUGUACCAGAAUCUAUCGGUUGUCUACAUUAUCUUAGGUCCUUAUCGCUUGGAAACUGUCAGCAGUUGACUGCAUUGCCUGUUUCAAUUAAAGGAUUGGCUUCUUUGGUUGAGCUUCAAAUAGAGAAGGUUCCGAUCCGUAGUCUUCCACAUGUUGGAGCCCUUAAAUCACUGAAGACUCUCGAGAUAAGGAACUGUGAGCGCCUUGGCUCGCUACCCGAUUCCAUUGGAGAAUUAUUAGCUCUUAAAACAAUGACUAUUACUCGAAAUGAUGCUAUCACGGAGCUGCCAGAAUCAGUUGGAGAGUUGCAGAAUCUUGUCAUAUUGAGAUUGACUAAAUGUAAGCGACUGCACAAACUUCCAGAUUCUAUUGGGGAACUGAAGAACUUAGUACACUUGCUAAUGGAGGAGACUGCAGUAACAGUAUUACCUAAAACUUUUGGGAUGCUAUCAAGCUUAAUGAUUCUGAGGAUGGGAAAGAAGCCUUUCUGUCAGGUACCACAAAGUACUGAAAUCACAGAAACAGCUACCGAUGCAGAAAAGGAAACCGAACCUAUUGUGCUUCCUUCAUCUUUCUCAGAGUUAUCCUUGUUAGAAGAACUUAAUGCACGUGCAUGGCGAAUAAUUGGGAAAAUACCUGAUGAUUUUGAGAAACUAUCAUCGUUGGAGCUCAUCAAUCUCGGUCACAAUGAUUUUUCCCAUUUGCCAUCUAGUCUGAAAGGACUACAUUUCUUGAAAAAACUCUUAAUUCCCCACUGCAAACAGCUGAAAGCUCUUCCUCCUCUUCCUUCAAGUUUGCUCGAGAUAAAUGCUGCAAAUUGUGGAGCACUAGAGAGUAUGCACGAUAUCUCAGAAUUAUUGUUCUUGCGCGAACUAAACCUCGCGAAUUGCAUGAGUUUGGUCGGCGUCCAAGGUGUCGAAUGCUUGAGAUCCUUAAAAAUGCUACAUAUGGUUGGAUGCAACGUCUCUUGUGCCUCUAUUGUUAGAAGGAAACUUGAUAAGGUUGCUCUGAAGAACUUGGACAAUUUUAGUAUUCCAAGCAAUGAAAUUCCAAGUUGGUUUACUCCAAGCGAAGUGCAUUUCUCAAAGCACGAAAACAAUGAAAUCAAAGCAGUGAUUAUUGCCAUAGUUGUUUCUGUGAACUGUGCUGAACCAGAUGAUUUACGAGAUGAACUGCCAGUACUGGCUAAUAUCUUUGCAAAAAUCGUUAGAGCAAAUAGACCAGUAUUUACUACUGGUAUGUACUUGGCAGGAGUCCCAACAACACCCGAGGAUCAAGUUUAUUUAUGCAGGUAUCAAGAUUAUCAACCAUUAGUAUCUAUUCUUGAAGACGGAGAUAUUAUACAGGUGGGCUUGGGCAACUUACCCGUUACAGGUAUUGAACUGAAGAAAUGUGGAAUACAUUUAGUACAUGAAAAUGAUGAUGAUUAUGAAGGUAAUGAAAAAUCAUUGGAUGAAAGCCAACAAUCUGUAUCGGAAAGAUUAACCAGGUUUUACGGAGCCUCUAACAGAGAGAACAAUAUCUUCAGCUCGAACUCAGACGGAGAAGGGGAAGGAUCUGAUAACUUUCUUAGUUUUUUUAAGGAGAUUUUUUAUGCUUUAAACAAUGUACAGAUUGUUAUGCAGUGA